CUAGAAUGCCAUUUUCGUCAAGGACAAAACCUGAGAAGACAGAGUGCGAAGUGUGAAGAGAAGUGAUCAUGACAAGUAAGGCUAAGGCAUCGCCUUCCUUCUUUAAAGUCCUCGUCCCUGGCUUUUACUCCAAGCUCAGUAUACCGCCACUUUUCUGGAAGACCUUUGAGCAUCUGUUGGCUGAAAGUGCCCUGCUUCAGAUUAAAUCUGGAGAAACAUGGUCCGUAAAGAUUGAGCGAAUUGGUGAGCAAUACCUUUUCACUGAUGGCUGGCCAAAGUUCGUGAAAGAUCAUGGCCUGAAAAUGGGCGAGUUUCUUGUGUUUUGGCUUGUGCUUGGCAAAAACAAUACUACUAUCUUCGAAGUUGCAAUGUAUGGAACCACUGGGUGCGAUAAAGAUUUGAAUCCAUCAGCCCCGAUCCACGAUCCACGUCAUUUUGUGCCUCAAUUGGUUGAUCAACUGAACCCGGAGAUCAAUCGCAAUCCACUUACUCAGCCAUCCAAAAGUGCAGUCCAAGGUUCAAGAAAGAGAAAAUCAAAGAAGAUUCGGUAUGACAAGCGAUCUCUGGAUGCUGGCAAGUACUAUACCAAGGUUUUGGCGAAUUAUCACCGAUAUAGAAUGAACGUAAAGAUGCCAUUUGCUAAGAAGCAUGGACUCGUAAACAAGUCAGAAGUGAUGCUGCAAAAUAUGAAUGGAGCAUCUUGGCGUGUUGAACUGCGGCUCUACGAUAACGAUAUGCUAUACAUGUGUAAAGGGUGGACUGAUUUCCUGGAAAAUAAUGCACUAGAGUUGGGACAGGAGUAUGCCUUUGAGUUCAUUCCUGAAACUGAUAGCAUCCGGGUUCAGCCGUUCAAGAAACGUUAGUCCAAUACCCCACUCCCCAUUCCCCAACAGCUUCCUCUCCCUAACCGCAGUAGAGUUGUGUGCUUGUAUUUGGAAGUUGAUAAAGUAGCUUUUGUUGUUCUUUCUGAUAUUAAAGGCUAAAGCCUUUG